AUGUCUAUAUUUUUCCUUUAUCACUUCCUGGAGGAGCAGUUGACGGUUUCCUACUCAACAGUUGCUUUGCACUAUCCCCUGCCACCCCCAAAUUCUUCCUUCCCCAUGAAAGUCACCAUCUCUAAAGGCCAGAAUCCUCCUCUGGCCCAGCCUUUGAGAGAUGGGGAUAACCAAUGUGAAGAAAGGUAUCUGAUCAAUGUGACUUUUGAAGGGAGAAAUCUGUCCUUCAGUGAAGACGGCUACCAGAUGCACCCGAAACUGGUGAUCAUACUUCUGAACAAGGAGAGGAAGUGGGAGAGGGUGGGCAAGUGGAAAGACAAGUCUCUGCAGAUGAAGUACUACGUGUGGCCCCGAAUGUGUCCUGAGACAGAAGAGCAGGAAGAUGACCAUCUGAGCAUCGUAACGCUGGAGGAGGCCCCGUUCGUCAUUGUGGAAAGCGUGGACCCCCUGAGUGGAACUUGCAUGAGGAACACGGUGCCCUGUCAGAAGCGCAUCAUCUCUGAAAAUAAAACAGACGAGGAGCCAGGUUACAUCAAAAAAUGCUGCAAGGGCUUCUGUAUUGACAUCCUUAAGAAAAUUUCUAAAUCUGUGAAGUUCACCUAUGAUCUUUAUCUGGUGACCAAUGGCAAGCAUGGGAAGAAAAUCAAUGGAACCUGGAAUGGUAUGAUUGGAGAGGUGGUCAUGAAGAGGGCCUACAUGGCAGUGGGGUCGCUGACCAUCAACGAGGAGCGAUCGGAGGUGGUCGACUUCUCCGUGCCCUUCAUAGAGACUGGCAUCAGUGUCAUGGUGUCACGCAGCAAUGGGACCGUCUCACCUUCUGCCUUCUUAGAGCCCUUCAGCGCCGACGUGUGGGUCAUGAUGUUCGUGAUGUUACUCAUCGUCUCCGCCGUGGCCGUCUUCGUCUUCGAGUACUUUAGCCCUGUGGGUUACAACAGGUGCCUCGCCGAUGGCAGAGAGCCGGGUGGCCCAUCUUUCACCAUCGGCAAAGCUAUUUGGUUACUGUGGGGUCUGGUGUUUAACAACUCCGUUCCGGUGCAGAACCCAAAGGGGACCACCUCCAAGAUCAUGGUGUCGGUGUGGGCCUUCUUUGCUGUCAUCUUCCUGGCCAGCUACACUGCCAACUUAGCUGCCUUCAUGAUCCAAGAGGAGUAUGUGGACCAGGUUUCCGGCCUGAGUGACAAAAAGUUCCAGAGACCUAAUGACUUCUCACCCCCUUUCCGCUUUGGCACUGUGCCCAACGGCAGCACGGAGAGGAACAUUCGCAACAACUAUGCGGAAAUGCACGCCUACAUGGGGAAGUUCAACCAGAGGGGCGUGGACGAUGCACUGCUCUCCCUGAAAACAGGGAAACUGGAUGCCUUCAUCUACGAUGCAGCAGUGCUGAACUACAUGGCAGGCAGAGACGAAGGCUGCAAGCUGGUGACCAUUGGCAGCGGGAAGGUCUUUGCUUCCACUGGUUAUGGCAUUGCCAUCCAAAAGGAUUCUGGAUGGAAGCGCCAGGUGGACCUUGCUAUCCUGCAGCUCUUCGGAGAUGGGGAGAUGGAGGAGCUGGAAGCUCUGUGGCUCACGGGCAUCUGCCACAAUGAGAAGAACGAGGUCAUGAGCAGCCAGCUGGACAUUGACAACAUGGCGGGCGUCUUCUACAUGCUGGGGGCCGCCAUGGCUCUCAGCCUCAUCACCUUCAUUUGCGAACACCUCUUCUAUUGGCAGUUCAGGCACUGCUUUAUGGGUGUGUGUUCUGGCAAGCCUGGCAUGGUCUUCUCCAUCAGCAGAGGUAUCUACAGCUGCAUCCACGGGGUGGCCAUCGAGGAGCGCCAAUCCGUGAUGAAUUCCCCCACCGCAACCAUGAACAACACACACUCCAACAUCCUGCGUCUUCUCCGCACGGCCAAGAACAUGGCCAACCUGUCCGGCGUGAACGGCUCCCCACAGAGCGCCCUGGACUUCAUCCGCCGCGAGUCGUCCGUCUACGACAUCUCCGAGCACCGCCGCAGCUUCACGCACUCUGACUGCAAAUCCUACAACAACCCGCCCUGCGAGGAGAACCUCUUCAGCGACUACAUCAGCGAGGUGGAGAGGACUUUCGGCAACCUGCAGCUGAAGGACAGCAACGCGUACCAGGACCCCCACCACCGGCCGCACAGCAUCGGCAGCACCAGCUCCAUCGACGGGCUCUAUGACUGCGACAACCCGCCCUUCACCACGCAGCCCAGGUCCCUCGGCAAGAAGCCCCUGGACAUCGGCCUCCCCUCCUCCAAGCACAGCCAGCUCAGCGACCUGUACGGCAAGUUCUCGUUCAAGAGCGACCGCUACGGCGGCCACGACGACCUGAUCCGCUCCGACGUGUCGGACAUCUCCACGCAUACAGUCACCUACGGCAACAUCGAGGGCAACGCGGCCAAGAGGCGGAAGCAGCAGUACAAGGACAGCCUGAAGAAGCGGCCGGCCUCGGCCAAGUCCCGCCGCGAGUUCGACGAGAUCGAGCUGGCCUACCGCCGCCGGCCGCCCCGCUCCCCCGACCACAAGCGCUACUUCAGGGACAAGGAGGGGCUGCGGGACUUCUACCUGGACCAGUUCCGCACCAAGGAGACCUCGCCGCACUGGGAGCACGUGGACCUGACCGACAUCUACAAGGAGCGCGGCGAGGACUUCAAGCGCGACUCGGUGGGCGGAGGAGGGCCCUGCACCAACCGGUCGCACCUCAAGCACGGGCCGGCUGACAAGCACGGCGGAGUCGGUGGGGUCCCGGCCCCCUGGGAGAAGAACCUGACCAGCGUGGACUGGGAGGAACGCUCCGGGGGCAACUUCUGCCGCAGCUGCCCGUCCAAGCUGCACAACUACUCGAGCGCGGUGCCCGGGCAGAACUCGGGCCGGCAGGCGUGCAUCCGCUGCGAGGCGUGCAAGAAGGCCGGCAAGCUGUACGACAUCAGCGAGGACAGCUCCCUGCAGGAGCUGGAGCAGCCGGCCGCCCCGGUGGCCGUGCCGUCCAGCGCGCCCGCCGCCAAGUACCCCCAGAGCCCGACCAACUCCAAGGCGCAGAAGAAGACCCGGAACAAGCUGCGGCGCCAGCACUCCUACGACACCUUCGUGGACCUGCAGAAGGAGGAGGCCGCCCUGGCCCCGCGCAGCGUGAGCCUGAAAGACAAGGGCCGCUUCCUGGACGGCAGUCCCUACGCGCACAUGUUUGAGAUGCCGGCGGGCGAGAGCGCUUUCGGCAACGGCAAGGCGGCGGCGCCGGCCGCGGGACAUCACCACCACGGCAACCAUGGCAACCCCGGCGGCGGCGGCGGCGGCGGCAGCGGCGGCAGCGGCAGCGGCGGCGGCGGCGGCGGCGGCGGCGGCAGCAGCUACAUGCUCAGCAAGUCGCUCUACCCUGACCGGGUCACGCAGAACCCUUUCAUCCCCACUUUCGGGGACGACCAGUGCUUGCUCCACGGCAGCAAAUCCUACUUCUUCAGGCAGCCCACGGUGGCAGGGGUGCCGAAGGCCAGGCCGGACUUCCGUGCCCUUGUCACCAACAAGCCGGUGGUGUCGGCCCUGCACGGGGCUGUACCAGGCCGUUUCCAGAAAGACAUCUGUAUAGGGAACCAGUCCAACCCCUGUGUGCCUAACAACAAAAACCCCAGGGCUUUCAAUGGCUCCAGCAAUGGGCAUGUGUAUGAGAAACUGUCUAGUAUUGAGUCUGAUGUCUGAGUGAGGGAAGAGAGAGGCGAAGGUGGGUACGGGAGGGUCGGGGCUGUGGACGUGUGGUGCGCAUGUCACAGAGGGUGACGGGGGUGAACUUGGUUCCCAUUUGCUCCUUUCUUGUCGUUUUCAUUUAUUUAUGGGAUCCUGGAGUUCUGAUUCCUUCUGAGGGCGACCCUGGUGACCAGAACCAUCUCUGCUCCCUUUCCAGUCCCCUCCUCCUUCCCGGUCUGUCCAUCCUUCCAGUUCCCAGUUCCCGCGAGAGGAUGCGGUGGGCUCGCUCAGCCGGCGAGGGCGGAGUGGUUGAAGGAAGUGGCCCCACACGAGCUUCCUCCUAGCGUGGAAGGACUCUUUGCCACGCACUUCGAGGGAAGCACGGAGAAGCGGGAGGAGGCCGCGGGAGCGCAGGAUAGCUCUCCCCGAACUGACCUUUACGUUUAGGGUCAAGAGCGGAGAAGAUAGCAAGACUUCACGUCAGCAGGAAGCAAAGAGGCUAGAGAGGCAUCCAGACAGAACUCUUACUAAGACGUAAAAUAGCAAAAAUACCCUUUCUUUCAUGCGAACGCAACUGGAAGACAACCAGGGCACUUACAGCCGUGUUUUCCCUCUUUCACUCAUCAUCUUACAUUCUCAUUCUCAGGUGAAGGGUCUCAAGGUGUUCUGUGUUCUAAGUCAGCUCCGAGCAGCUCACCCUCCAAACACCCGCACCCACGCACACACACGUUGUUAGAAUGAGAAGUUGAGAGAGCACAGAGCUUGCACGUGUGCGUGGUAUUUAACGUUUUCAAACCAGAGCCCAACCCGCCUCGUACAGUCAGCCCCGCUGCAUUUUAACGAUGGAGAAUAUAUCCUGCUGCACAUAACUGUGUACUUAGGAUCCCAGAAAAGAGAACAACCUUGUUACUGUGACUCCUCCUGCGACUCCUGGGCACUUUCAGUGAUCAGGGCAAGUACGUUGGUUGUGUCUCGGUAGCAGGCACGAGAAAUGGGGGUACAUAGACAUUUGAGGAGUCAUUCUUGAGCAUUCGUAGCUUAACUCCCAUGUCAAAUGGUCCUGAGCUACGGCAGUUUCUCAGCCUGACUCUUCUACCCGUGCUUGGAGAAGGAUAGAGUUUUCCAGGGUCACCAGCAUCCCACUUAGACCUCCGCCACAACCAUCCCUGUGAAUGGCUUCCUUUGGCAUGGAAAUACGGUCGUCUUUUAAUUUUAAAGAUGAAAAUGUUGAAGCAUGGCAAAAUUUGCUGAGCAGUCAGAACUGAGGUUGUACAGGAGAUUCUUGGCGGAACCAAAACUUGUCUGAAUUUCCAACUCUCGGCCUAGCUCAGAAAACAGUGCUGCCUGAAUUGUCCACCCCCGCUGUGUUCAGCAUCUAAUGGAUAAAAGUCAGGAAAGCCAGGCAGCUAGUUUAUGGUUUACCCAAAUCUUUCCCAUGAGAACCUGUCUUCUUCACAAAGCCAUACACACACACACACACACACACACACACACACACACACACACACAGAGUCCACAUUAGUCUACAGAGACCAGUCAAAGGGGUAAGAACAAAAAACUUAAAAACGAGAAAGGAAUAGAAGAGUUUCUAUAAUGAAGAAGAGUUGAAGGCUAAAUAACAAAAACGGUUUUGAAUUUUGUGGGGCGACACAUUGUGAAUAAUUUUUUAUCAUUAAAACAUUUGUAUGUAGCAUGUAACCCACUCAAAUAAAAAGCUCAAGGAAAACUGA